UUUUGUAAAGCUUAUUAGCUUUAAAGUUAAGCAUGACAAUCUAGCUACGCCUUUCCUAUUUAUUAUAAUCACAAUCAUUCAUAAUUCGAAAAGAAUAAUAAUCGGUCGGAGUCAGAGUUUUUUCCUGCAGUAUGGUUGCUUUUAGCCUCACACCAAUAACUCAGGCAAAAAUAAAGUCACGAUUCAUAAUUGGUUAAUGGACACAUAUUUAACUUCCAAGAAUUUUGUCACAGUGUAGGAGGACGGAGAGGAGGACCUGGAGCCGCCAAAGGCAUUUUUAAAAUCCUGAUUAUUGGCAAAAAGCUUCUCAUGUCCCACUGCCUUUUUAUAAUCAUUGAGAUUUUUCGCAUUCUAUUAUUCUUGUUUUUUGUGUAAUUUCUUGAACAACAAAUGUGAUCCAAAUGGAGGCGAAAACUGACGCAUAUAACGAAAGAAGAGGAAAUGUUUCUUUCUCAUCAUUAAUAUUUGUAUGGAUCUUGGACGCCUUUGCACAAACCACACCCCUUUGCCAGAGACGUGCCAAUCCUACUGUUAGAAGACUUCUUCCUGGGAUCUAUAUUAAAGCUACCAACGGGCAUUCAACUAGUUCUUUAUCAUCACUCUCUGAUGCUCUUACGAUCUGACGUCUACUACACGUUUACUCAAUAUAACUGGAGUAGAAGUGGAUUAUGCUCUGAUCAGAUUGGAACUGUUUCCCAAUAAGGAGCUUCACACAGCCAAAAUGAAUUCAAAAGUGAGGGUAAUCAUUUUCCUGCUGUGUGUGACUGGCAUCAGUGUAUUUUUGAAUGGACAUGUUUUGGGAAGGUAUUCAAAGUACUUCUUCCAGCUUCAGGACACAAGCCCCUGUGCUUGUGAGAAAUGCUUAUCAGAAGAUGAUCUGAAUUUUUUCAACAAAUCUGUUGAACCAUUUUUGUCAGCAAACUACAUUCUCUCAGAGGAUACUUUCAACUGGUGGAAGCGCUUACAGAAUGAAGCACGCAACUUUAGUACCUAUAAAACAACAGUGGACAGGUUGUUUCAGAUGUUCCCACCCGGUCCAGAUGUCAAAGAACCCAGCCCUGACCUCUGCAGGACUUGUGCUGUGGUGGGGAAUUCUCGUAAUUUGAAGGGAUCGCAUUAUGGACCUCUGAUAGAUGUCAAUGAUAUCAUCAUGAGAAUAAACUUUGGUCAUACCAAAGGCUUUGAAGCAGAUGUUGGGACCAGAACAACUCAUCAAAUCAUGUAUCCAGAGAGUGCAAUGGACUUAGAUAACAACAGUACUCAUCUGGUACUGAUUCCAUUUAAGAUAAAAGAUCUUGAGUGGCUACUGAAGGCCUUCCCCACAGGAAAGUCAUAUGGGCCAGUAAAAUCCAAAAUCAAAGCUAACAAGGAUUUGGUGAUGCUGAUCAAUCCAGCUUUCAUGAGGUAUGUUCAUGAAGUGUGGCUGGAAAAGAAGGGCAAGUAUCCAUCCACUGGCUUUAUGGCAUUUGUUCUUGCCCUGCAUAUUUGUGACGAGGUCCAUGUGUUUGGUUUCGGAGCAGACAAAUAUAGAAACUGGAGUCAUUACUGGGAAAAACUCAAAGACAGCAAUUUAAAAACUGGACCACAUCCUGGAACUGAUGAGUAUAGAAUUAUCCAGAAGGUAGCUGAGCAACAAAAGAUCAAGUUUUAUACAGGUUGGUGAUCUUUCUCUCAGCAUUUAAACUUACUGUUUUUGAUCCUGUUGAGGGUGUUUAAACUACUCAAACUGAUUCAGUGAGAUUAUCUAUAAAGUGAAAAUGAAUCACAUCCAAGAAAAUGUAGGAUAACAGCAGUUCUAGCUGCUGUACCUAUUUUUCUUUGUUUAUGUUUUUUAUUUAUUGUCAUUUUGUGAUGUAGAUGUCCACAGUAGCAAUGCAAUACACAACAAAAACUACAGAGUUACUCAGGGCUGAAAAAAAGAAGAAAUGAUUGUGUAGGAUGCACACACAUACUCACACAAAGACAAUAAGAAUAAUCACUUCUGACUAGCAAAAAAUAUUUUGCUGGCUAUUUAAGUUCUAAAAUUUGAACAUGGCAGAAUGUUACAAUGCACAGACCAUCUAUUGUUUCCAGAACAGUUUUAAUGUGAUGACAUUUUUACAUGUCUGGUGAAAGAUUGGCCUAAUAACAUCUGUAAAUCAAAAGUUUACUUUAGAACAUCUUUACACUUAUUUAGCAUUUAUACUCAUAUCCACUUUGUACUUAAUUAAUCUUACCUGUAUUAUAGUGUAUUAUAUUUUGAUUUGCUUAGUACUUCUAUUCCUGGGUGCAUUGAUAUGAUAGUGAGGGUUCAGACAGACACUUGAGGUUUGUGUUUUUGCAUAAGUAAAAGUAAAAUAUUUUUUAUUAUGGAUUAAAAUCUGUGCCAAAAUGCUAUUUUCUUCUUGAAUGUACUAUUAAAUAUAAAUUGUUUACAUGGAAUAAAAAAGGUUGGGGUAAGGGUAAAGUAUGCUGUACCUCAUUAAAUAUAUUUAACUGAUGUGACAUGGUAUCUGGGGAAAUUUUCUUUUGACAAGAGCAAAAACUAAUAUAUAAUAACGUAUAAACCAUGUUAGAUAAGCCUACAUUUCAAAAUGUAAAACUAAAAACUAAUGUAUUCACUGAUAAUAUGUCAAGCUAUUUCAACACCCACUCUAGGUUUCUCCCUUAAUUGUGACGCACACAAUUUGUGGUCACAUUUUUGUUAAUGUCUUACUUUUUUUUAAUCAGGUUAGUGGCAUGUAUUUAAUUAAUGUAAUGAAUGUUGUAAUGUGCUCUGCUGACCUAUUUGUACUUUUAUUAUUAUUUGUUAUUAUCAUUAUUAUUAUUUAUUUUUAUCUUGGUUUUAAUGUUGUACAGCACUUUGGUUCAGUUUCGGUUGUUGGAAGGUGCUAUAGAAAUAACGUUUGAUUGAUUGAUGGUGUUCUCUUACUUUGUGUGUGUCUGCUCCUUACUUGUUUGGGCUGAAAAUUCAAGAGCUCCAAUACCUAGAAUUACAUUGCACAUUAAAUUAAUCACUUACAUGCUGAAUUCACUUAAAUAUGUAUGAUUAUUUCACACAUUUACACUUCUUAAUACCUGUAAAAACCUGAAAUUGCAUACGGUUUGUUUGUUGUAUUUUGUUGAAAAAAGGUAACUGUUUGACUGUCUCAAGUAUGAAAAUACAAAUAAAUUUCUUCUACGAGUCAAUGCA